AUGCUUUUGAGAGAAUUAGUGGAACCUGCGCGGAAGCUUCUUCCCGCGUCGCCUUACCUGAAUCCGAGCUCCAACGGCCAUCCGUCCACUCCACCUCCUAAUCCCAAGGAAUCCCGCCAUCUCUGCGCCACCAUCAUUCAGUCAUUCUCUCGCUUCGCCGCCUCCUCGUCGCGCGUCAAGCCCUCCCAGCUGCCGCUGCUCGUCGCUGCCGUCUUCAUCCCACACACUCCAGCCAUCCCGAACCAAUGCAUUCUGGCCCAUGCCGAACCAAAACCAUCUUUCCGAGUCCCGCCAUCUCCGCGCCACCAUCAUUCAGGCCGUCUCUCGCUUCAUCCCACGUCAAUCCCACACUGCCCUUCCCUUCUCCUCCACUCCCCCCCCCCCUCUCUUCCCCUCCUCCCCUUCCUCCCCGUAACCUCAGGAGUCCCGCCAUCUGCGCGCCACCAUCAUUCAGGCCGUCUCUCGCUUCAUUGCAUCCUUGUCUCACGACAGGCCAACUUCCACAGCCCCUCGCUUUCCUCCCUCCCCGUCCCUCAGGAGUCACUUCAACUCCACGCCACCAUCAUCAAGGCCGUCUCUCGCUUUGUUGCCUCCUCAGUUCAGGCCGUCUCUCGCUUCGUCGCCUCCUCCUCGCGCAUCAAGCCCUCCCAGCUGCCUUUGCUCGUCUCUGCUUUCUUCAUCUCACCCAUUCCAGCCGGUGUGCAGCAGAUGCUGAGUGCGGGGCUGAAUGCAUUCGAGUGCUCACGAGGCCUCCUGCCUCCACCAAAGAAGCUAAGCUACAGCAUUGUCUCGUCCCACUCCUCCUUCACAUCGCAUCCCGCCUUGUCACUGCCACAGCAAAUUCGCCCCACGCUCACUCUCCAAUUCCACCCAACACCAGGGCCCAUCCCCAUCCCCACCCCUAUAAUGCACAUCCGCACUCCUAUCACCUUCAACUGCAAUCUCUGUCGACCAGUCAUGCACAUCCGCUGUCCGCCAUUCAGACUCAUCUGGGCUCAAUCAUUGCCGCCUGCACAGCAAUCAUUGCCGCCUGCACAGCAAUCAUUGCCGCCUGCACAGAAAUCAUUGCCGCCUGCACAGCAAUCAUUGCCGCCGAGAGUGCAAGUGCAAUCAUCGCCGCUUGCAGUGCCUUCAUUGACCACCGCUACACAGUCAUCCGCACGGCAGGCAGAGAGGGCCAGCAGGCCGCGUGGCCAAGGGAAAGUGCAAACGGGCAGAUCAGCAGACUGGGAUGCGUUAGCAGUGCCUUUUGAGGCGCCUCAAAAGUCGUUUCCUGUCUCGCGUAGCGAAGGGAAAGUGCAAACAGGCAGAGCGGCAGACUGGGAUGCGUUUGCAGUGCCGGAUGGAUUUCCAGGAAGAAUAUUAGAGGGAGCAGGUCCUUUCUCCACUGCCCGUGGAGCCAGGAAGACACUUGAGGCGGCGCCUCAAGAUGCGUACACAGAGAAUGGAGUAGCCGAUGCAAACGAUAGAAUUCCUGAGGGAGUAUCUCCUUUUUUCAGUGCCUGUGGAGCCAGGAAGAGACGGAAAUUAGCAGCAGAUGCUGGUCAGGUGGCUUCCGAUGCUUGUGCAGUGCCUUCAGGUGGUUUUCAGGUGCCUUCAGGUUCUUUUGGGGCGCGCUCUGCUGUUUCCCAAGUGCCUUUGGAUACUUCAGGUGCUUUUCAGGUGCCGUCAGGUGGAGGCGGAAGGCGGGUGAAACCAGUGUUGAAGCAAAGCCAGUCCCAGCCAAAAAUCCCCGCCCAGGAGCGUGCUUACGAGGAGAAGUCAGUGUGGACAAGGGGAGGAGGAGGACUGCAUGUGGAUGGUUGGAAUGGUGGGGAAAAUGGGAGGGAUGGUGAGGAUGGGAAGGAUGGAGAGGAUGGGAAGAAAAGAGCUAUACCGUUUCCGGCAUGGGAGGAAGUGCUGAUGUAUGGGAACCGAGGCAUGCCUCUUGCAUGGAUGCUGCAGCCUUUAGAACGCAUGUUUCCGUCUCCCUUCUCCUGCUGCAGUAGGAUGAGUUGCAGGGCGGAUGGAAUAGGCAGGGCAGGAAUUGGCAGGAGGAGGGGCGGGGAAAGCAGUGGGAGCAGUGAGAGAAGUGGUGGCGACGAAAGUAGUGGGGGCAGUGAGAGCAGUGAAAGUAGUGGGAGUGAGCUGCUAAGUCAGGAGGGCAAGAGGAGCUGGGUGCAGUGGUGCCUACCUCCCCCCCUGGACGACUACCGGGACAAAGAGUUCAUUCAGGUGGGUGCUGUGUGUGCACUGGGGGGCAGUGACUGCAGUGGGAGUGAGUGA